AUGUCUCGCAACUUCCUCGACCUUCCAGCUGAGAUGCGUAGUCUCAUCUGUGAGUACGCGCUCACUGAAAACCACGGCCUCUGCUAUGAAACGUCUGGUGGCAUUGGUCGAUUGCGAGUAAGGGAUCGGGGAGAGUUUGAGCGGAGUGAGGGAGACGAUAAUUCUGAAACCGAUGCUUUGGACAACGUGAGCAACCAUGAGGUCAAAGAGGAAGUACCAGUGCCUCAGGUAUUCCCUGUUAAUCAGCUUCAGCUUGUCUGCCAGCAACUUUACCGAGAGACAACAGGGCUUGAGAUGCGAUACAACACUAUUUUCUUUGCCAAUGGCGAAGACAAUGGUACUAGAGCCCCCCAACAGUGCGCCGAGUUCCUGCGCCGUCUCCCGGCAAAGCAGGCCAAACACAUGCGAAUCAAAGUCCUCAACACCGAAAACAUCUGCAACCAAAACACCCAGGCCAUAUCGGAUCUCGUGCUCUUUUGCAAACACUAUCCCGACAGUCGGCUGGACAUCCACUUCGAAACCAUCUACUGUUCCCCCUGGCAAUACCUUACGGGCGCCAUGUUCGUCGAUAUAAUAUUUGAUAAGGAUAUGCUCAGCAUAUGCGACUUGAAGUUGAACGAGCUUGUGGUACUACCAUCUCAAGCGAACAGUAGUAGCAAUAGCGACAUUCUGAUCGGAUGGAGCUUCAUUGAAACACCCGAUAACCUCCGUCUCUUCCCGAGCUUUGAGUCGUUUAAUGAGGACUAUUUCAGAGAGUCAACAGAGAUUCUUGCAGAGGGAGUUUCAUUUUCUGUCGACGAAUAUGUAGCUUGGGCAAAGAAUUGGCAUCAACAUGGCGCUUGA